UGCUUGCUCCAAUCCCGUACCUUCCUCUCCCUCCUCCUCGGCUCCUCCUCCCUCUCUCGAUCUCGAUCGAUGGAGGCUUCCAGUUCUCCCAUGGCGGCCUGCCAAGCUCCAUUCCUCAAGUCUUGGAGCUCAGCUGCGAACCAGUGCGGGAAGAGACAGUUUUCUGUGAGAGCGAGCGGCGACGGGAAGACGGUGAUCAGUAAGGAAAUGGGCGGGUGGAGGAUUAAUUGUUCGGGGGAGAAGCCGGCGACCCCUCUUCUCGAUACCGUCAACUAUCCUAUUCACAUGAAGAACCUCUCCCCAAAGGAUUUGGGGCAGUUGUCGGCUGAGCUCAGAGCAGAAAUCGUGUACACUAUGUCGAAAACUGGAGAGCAGUUGAGCGGCGGCUUGGGGUCGGUGGAGCUGGCUGUGGCUCUUCACCAUGUGUUUGAUGCUCCUGAAGACAAGAUCAUUUGGGAUGUCGGCCAUCAGGCCUUCCCUCACAAGAUAUUGACCGGAAGAAGGUCGAGGAUGCAUACCAUCAGGCAGACCUCGGGGCUUUCUGGAUUCCCAAAGAGGGAUGAGAGCGUUUACGACGCCUUUGGCGCUGGCCACUGCUCCACAAGCAUCUCAGCAGGCCUUGGAAUGGCUGUUGCAAGAGAUUUGCUAGGGAAGAAGAAUCAUGUUAUUUCGGUAAUUGGGGAUGGUGCUGUGACUGCUGGCCAGGCCUUUGAGGCCAUGAACAAUGCUGGCUACUUGGAUUCCAACCUUAUUGUUGUGUUGAAUGAUAAUAGGAAAGUUUCACUUCCAGUUGCAACCCUUGAUGCACCUGAAGCUCCUGUUGGAACACUCAGUAAAGCCCUUACCACACUUCAAUCCAGCCCUAAGUUGCGGAUGCUCCGCGAAGCUGCUAAGUGUCUCACAGAGCAAAUUGGUGGACAAACACAUGAGAUUGCUGCAAAGGUGGAUGAAUAUGCCCGGGGAUUGAUCAGUGCCUCUGGCUCUACAUUGUUUGAGGAGAUUGGUCUAUAUUAUAUAGGACCAGUUGACGGUCACAAUGUCGAAGAUUUGAUCACAAUCUUUGAGAAGGUGAAGUCAGUGCCAGCUCCUGGUCCUGUUCUCAUCCAUAUUGUGACAGAGAAAGGAAAGGGGUAUCCCCCUGCUCAGGCUGUUGCCAAUAAGAACCACGGUGUUGUGAAAUCCGACCCAAAAACUAGGAAGCAAUUCAAGACAAAAUCCCCCACCCUUUCAUACACAGACUGCUUUGCACAGUCACUCAUCAAAGAGGCUGAGGCUGAUGACAAGAUUGUGGCUGUGCACGCAGCCAUGGUAACUGGCACCGGGCUUAAUUAUUUCGAAGAUAAGUUCCCAGACAAAUGCUUCGAUGUGGGAAUCGCUGAGCAGCAUGCGGUCACCUUCGCAGCUGGUUUGGCCGCCGAAGGCCUGAAGCCUUUCUGCGCCAUAUAUUCAUCGUUUCUGCAACGGGGAUAUGAUCAGGUGGUUCAUGAUGUGGACUUGCAGAAGCUUCCUGUCCGGUUCGCACUGGAUCGGGCUGGCCUAGUCGGAGGCGACGGACCUACUCAUUGUGGAGCUUUCGACAUUACUUACAUGGCGUGCUUACCCAACAUGGUCGUGAUGGCCCCGUCCGAUGAAGCUGAGCUAAUGCAUAUGGUAGCCACAGCAGUGGCAAUUGACGAUCGACCGAGCUGCUUCAGGUUCCCUAGGGGCGCCGGAGUUGGUGUGCCCCUGCCGCAGGGCUACAAAGGAACCCCACUAGAGAUCGGGAAGGGUAGGAUUCUGAUGGAAGGAAAUGGAGUCGCCAUCCUUGGAUAUGGUUCCAUAGUACAGACAUGCUUAAAGGCUGCCGACUCACUCCGGGCUUACGGAGUCGCUGCCACAGUGGCUGAUGCCCGGUUCUGUAAACCUCUGGACGUGGAUCUAGUCAGACGGCUAGCAAACGAGCACGAGAUCCUGAUCACUGUCGAGGAGGGCUCGAUUGGAGGUUUCGGAUCACAUGUCAUGCAAUUCUUGAGCCGGAAGGGAUUCCUGGACGGGCGCGUCAAGCUGAGGUCGAUGGUUCUGCCCGACCGCUACAUCAACCAUGGAUCACCUCAGGACCAAUUCGAAUCGGCCGGUCUUACUUCCAAGCACAUAGCAGGGACUGUGCUCAAUCUUCUGGGCAGACCUAAGGAGGCGUUUCAACUGCACUGAACUGGAGAAAGGAAAAAAACACUCAGCCUAACAGAGUUAAGCAGCUUAUCUGUGUCUGCUUAGGAGAAAGGGAUAAUUGUAAGUAAUUGGAGAUGCCACAAAAUUUGAAACCAUUUUUUCAAAUGUUGUAAAAAAUUGCAAUUCGUGUAUAUAUACACACAAUUCAAAGUCGGAAUCUGAAAUUUCUUUCAUAUGA